CCACACAAAUCGCCUUGUCAAGUAGCCCUACAAAUUGUCAAAGAAAGGUGAGCCGCCAUGGUGAUUUGAGCGUCGGAGUCCGUUUAGUUUAUGAUAGCUGGAGUAGUUGAUCGAUCGCGUCGAGUUGUAGUAGUGCGCUGGAGUGUUUGUGCUGUGCAUUAUCGGACGCGACUAUUGGAUGGUUGGGUUGUUACGACUGCCUCUUUCGAUGAUAUUUCAAUUCUCACGUUCCGCUCUGCUUUUGUUCUUGCAGUCACAGCUUUUCCUCCUCAACAACCAACAAAACAAUAAGCAAUCAUGAGUGUUGAAAUGGAAACCUGCCCCGCCUCUGCGCCUUUCUUUGGCUUUAUGGGAGUGACCAGUGCUUUGGUGUUUGCCAAUAUUGGUGCCGCCUACGGAACAGCCAAGUCUGGUGUUGGUAUUUCCUCUAUGGGAGUUAUGAAUCCUGGACUUGUUAUGCGUAACAUCAUUCCAGUAGUCAUGGCUGGUGUGUUGGGAAUCUACGGUCUGAUUGUGGCUGUCAUCAUUCAAGGUUCUAUUGUGGCUCCUCAAAAUGGAUUGAGUCAAUACAGUCUCUACACUGGAUUUGCACACUUGGCUGCUGGGCUUUGCUGUGGACUGUCAGGACUCGCUGCUGGUAUGGCAAUUGGAAUUGUAGGAGAUGCUGGUGUACGAGCAGUUGGACAACAAGAGAAGCUCUUUGUUGGUAUGAUCCUUAUCCUCAUUUUCGCGGAGGCUCUUGGUCUUUACGGACUUAUUGUCGCACUGAUCCUAUCGCAGAACUCUUUCGUGUGCGAAGGAAACAACUAGUUCAAUCCUUGGCAUCAAUCAAUUCAUUUGGUGUUGCUAUUCUUUGUCAGCACUCAUGCGUAAUCUAUGAACUCUACCUAACUCGACGGCUUUUCGAAAGCAACCACUCCAGGUCUUUUUGUGCACAGCAACCAAGACCGUCAGAUUCUUGGGCAACUCAAGGAAGCUAGACUCAUAGGUGUAAUUUAGAAGCACUGGAUACAGCUUGAAAUUUUGUUCAAUACGUUCACAUUGUAGCUAGCUUCCGGUAGUUCGAAGAACCUAACCAUCUAUUUUAAAAUAGUCGUACUCGAAUGUCCGACGAUACGGUCCACUUGCGCUUUGGGAAUUAACUGUCGUGAAGCUCGCCUUGCCCUAGAAAUCUGUACAUGUACUCCAUUGCCUCAUUAGCCAUCUAUGAAUGAAGAUUCGUCGUCAUGCGUUGCCACCGGCGGCGUUCUAUCUAUUGUACUUCGCGUGCUCAUUCAAUUCUUUGUAUUCGCUGAAUACACCAUAACAUGUUUGGACGUCUCCUGCGAAACGGUGGAGCAUGAAGUAGAUCAGAGUGCAUAUAUUUGGGAGCAGCGCGACUCCAAUGAGGAUUGCCCUGCCCAUGUGGCUGAUUUUGUCUAUACAUGUAACAUAAGUAUGUAGUGGAGCUAGUUAUUGACAGUCUUAGGUCUUCGAAUUUGGGCUUGUGUUAGCUAGCGUCGCCAGCUUCAUAUCGAAACCUCUAGCUGUACGAGGUACGAGUACGGCCGGUAAUGCAGAAAGAAAAUGAUUCAAUCAUUCAGCAAAGAGUCGGAGUUACCGUGACGGUGCGGUUACCUCUCGCGAGGGGAAUGGCAUGGCUCCAUCGCUUCUAAAUACUACAAAAGGUGAAGCAAAACUAUUGACGUCUCGAACUGUUGUGACU